AUGAUACACCUGCGAUGCUGUGGCGGAAAGCAGCAGUUUGAUAUGCUCUGCGUCUACCAGCAUACUCUGGGCCUGAAAGGUCAAGACGAAGACAAGAUCUUCAGGCAACGCUCCACGAUCUGGCACCAAUUGGAUCGCUGGCUCUGUGCCACACCGGUUCGCUCAGAACUCGUCAUUGCCGGUGACCUUAACAUCACGCUAAGAUCUCAGGCGCGGGUAUGCGGCCAAGGAGUUCCGCGCCGUCAAUACAGAGAGGCCGGGAAACAAGAUCUGGAAAUCCUGAUGCAGAUCCUGUCCAAGCACAAACUGUGUGCUGCUAACACCUGGGGAAAGAAGGCAGCAUGCUACACAAACAGACAUCCCGGUGGGAACACUCAGAUCGAUUACGUGCUGGUUCGACAAGCCAACGCUGACCUGAUAGCCAAGCGUAGCAGCCAUACGCACCGAGAUGGCUGGCUGGCGAAAGGGCAGGCCACCAUUAGCGACAUUCGGCGUUCAGUGCAGGCCCUGGCUGUCGGGGCGGAACCCCCGGUCAGAAGACCGGCUCUUCGACCCGUGGAUGGUGAGAUAGAAAACUGUUGGAAUUUUCGUAGGCAGCUGCAGUCCCUUAAGUCUUGGGUGGUGCUUCCUUCACUCCGUACCUUGUUAGCGCACAAAGCGCUGAAGAGGGCCAUCAGGGAGCGCAAGCGCGCCCGAACCCUGGAAACGCUGGAUCAAGCGGAGCAGGCGGCGAAGGCGGGCCAGACCAAAACCCUUUUCAAGGUACUUAAGCAGUUGUGUCCCGGACGGUCGGUUCAGAGAGUGAAGCUUCGUGAUCCUGAUGGUUGGUUGCUGUCAGCCGAAGCCGAGUGUGAAGUGCUCGUGAAGUAUGCCUCUGAGCUGUUUGGUGGUGCUGGGUUCCCGAAGUCAGCCCUGCGCCCACUUGACCCAGAGCUACUGUGUGAUGCGCGGUGGAUUGAGGCGCUGCGGGAGAUCAAGACACCUCUGCGCUACAACACCAUCAAUCCCAGACGGCUGGACAGUGAGUGGUGCAACUGGCGUGGCUUCCCAAGCCGAAUAAAUCCCCCGACCCGGGACAUUAUCGCACGCGGCAUGACACUGCUGCCCGAUGCUGCGACGCUGAACAGCGGGCAUGUGGCAGAUGUCGAUGACAGGCAGUGGAAAUGGAGGAAGGCGGAGGGCAAAGGAGAUGGGAAGCCGAAGCCACCGUCUGGCCACAGGGCCACCAGGGGAACAGGCAGCACUGGAGCGCAGGUGGCAUGCGUCGCAAACAAGCGGACGCCUGGGACCAGAGCUGGCGCUCUGACUCCUCUCAGCGGGAGCUCGAGCACCUUCGAAACAUGGUGGUGA